UCUCUCUCUCUCUCUCAAAUACAAAAACACACACAGACACACUGAUAUCACAUUACAUAGUACAUUCACAAAACAUCCUCAAACUCCAUUUUCACAUUCUUAAAAAAAAAAAAAAAACCAAACCAAACCUUCCAAACACUCAUGGGUUUCUUCUUCUCCUUCCUCAUAGUACCACUCACUUUAAUUCUCACCGUUAUCUCCACCGUUAACUCCUGCCCGCCGUCAGACCGGGCAGCACUGCUAGCCUUCAAAGCCGCCCUGACCGAGCCUUACUUGGGCAUCUUCAACACCUGGACUGGCAAUGACUGUUGCUCUUCCAAAUGGUACGGCGUUAACUGUGACCCAACAACAAACCGAGUCGCCGAUAUCAACCUCCGCGGCGAAUCGGAAGACCCGAUGUUCGAAAAAUCGGGUCGUACCGGGUACAUGACGGGUUCGAUUUCGCCCGAAAUUUGCAAGCUCGACCGUCUCACCAACCUUAUAGUCGCUGACUGGAAAGGAAUAUCGGGCGAGAUACCCAAGUGUCUCACCUCUCUCUCCUCUCUCCGAAUCCUAGACCUUAUCGGAAACAAGUUGACCGGCGAAAUUCCGGCCGAUAUCGGAAAUCUCAAGCGGCUCACUGUUCUUAACAUCGCCGAUAAUGCCAUCUCCGGCGAGAUUCCGGCGUCGAUUGUUGGUAUGUCCAGCUUGAUGCACCUUGAUCUCCGAAACAAUCAAAUAUCGGGCGAGAUACCGGCAGAUUUCGGAAAACUCGGGAUGCUGAGUCGGGCAUUGUUGAGCCGAAACCAAAUCACCGGUUCAAUACCCACUUCCAUUUCCCAAAUGUACAGGCUUGCCGACUUGGAUUUGUCCGAGAACCAGAUUUCGGGUACGAUACCGGAACAACUCGGGAAAAUGCCGGUUCUUUCUACUCUCAAUUUGGAUUGCAACUCGGUUUCGGGUCAAAUACCGGCCGGUUUGCUAAGCAAUACCCGAAUGGGUAUCUUGAAUUUGAGCCGAAACGGUCUUCAAGGCAAAAUACCGGACGUUUUCGGGUCCAACUCGUAUUUCAUGGCUCUUGAUUUAUCGUAUAAUAACUUGAACGGUCCGAUACCCGGUUCGUUAUCGUCGGCAAAAUAUAUCGGGCACUUGGAUCUGAGUCACAACCAUCUUUGUGGGUCUAUUCCUGCUGGGUCACCGUUUGAUCACCUUGAAGCGGUGUCGUUUAUGAACAAUGAUUGUCUGUGUGGAAAUCCAUUGAAGUCUUGUUAAUUUUUCGGCCGAUAUAUCAGAUUCAGCUUGACAAGCAAUAUCGGGUUAUUGUUUAAUGUGUUUUAUAACUGUGAUAACUGAUAAGUGUUUUUGUUUUUGUUUUUGUUAAUGUUUAAUAUAAGGUACUUUUUAAAGCAAUGUUGUAAGGUUUUUUUUGUCUUGUUGAUAGACAAGAAAAAAGAUAAGGCAGUUGCAUGCACAUGAAAAUCAGUGUGACAUUGGCAGAAAGAUUCCAAGUUAUAGUGAGCAAAUGAGCAUGGAUUUCAU